AAACAUCGCCGAAGAUGAACCAGGCAUGCUGGAGUUAGGGGCUACCGGGUGGACCCUGCGAAGGCCUUCCCACGGAGUAUUGCCUGUCGGGACCACCGCUGAGAGCGUGGACGCAGUCAGCACUGGUGACGCCGAAAAGUACUUGCGGGAAGUGCUGGUGGUUGCGCGCGGGGCCAGGAAUGGAAAGGGCGCAUGCUUGCCAGAUUGGUUUGGUGCGGGGGAUUUCGUGGACGGUGACACUUCAACCCUCUACGCUACCCAGGUGGACGGGUUGCAUGCAUACGCGGCGGCAAAGACAAAGUUCAUGGUCGACGGAGUACAGCCGAUUGGCGAGAAAGAGCGCAAGAUCGCAGAGUGCCAUUCGCUGCGGCAUCGGGUGUGGAGACGGUGUAUACUCCAUCAUGGCCCUUCAGAUUGCACUGGCGGUGGACGUCCCCCCGCAUGAGAGCGCGGAGAACUUCAAGGUGGCCGGGUACGAUUGCGUCUGGCAUGACACCACCUUCGACGACAAGUCGUCCGAGCACGCCAAAUAUAAGAUGUGGCAGUCGGGGAUGUUUGUGGGCCCAGACGGACCUCACGAGAAGAACCACAGCAAGGAGUGCCAGCGGCAGUACAGUGGUUUCACGACAUGUGAUGAGCUUGCCGGGAUCAACCUGAACCCCCACGAACAGGACCAUUCGAAGAAGGCGUUGUACCUUCGAUCGCUCAAUACCAUGACAUUUUCCAACUUCACUUUCACGCUAAGGGUGAUCAACGAGCGCCAAAACCAGGGGUUCAACAGAGAAACCCUGAGGACGCUUUUAGCAAGUGUCACGGAACACCCAAAAGAUAGCUUUGCUGGCUGUGAAGCCGCCCUGUGGAGGUGCGGCAGGUGCUUUUGCGGGAAGCCCGUCAUGCGCGUAUUCGACUGCCUGGGGAGGGUGGACAUUGUCAUGCUUGCUACGGUGCUGGGGUCGACCGCUUGAGUAUAGCAGAAUGGGGGAAAACAUGGUAGAGUAUUGUUUACGUUGGGAUUGUGCCUUAGAGUUGGAGGUGGGCGAAAGUCAGAAAGGUAUCCGAUUGAUAGUUCGGCCGGGCAGGCGUUUUGUAAUUUCUCGCAUGGGACCUAUUUAGUGUUUAGUGGACGUGCAAGGUGCAUGUGCGAGGUAUUGGAAUGUAUUAUGUUUGUUGACGGGUUGACCACCGACCGCCAAACCCUUGCUAGUGCCACCACUUUCCGCUUAGCGUGUACUCCACAGUCGGUUUCGUGUGU